CACUAGCUGUGUAGCUUGGCUAGCCAGCCUGCCAGAUAAUCUUAUAGCCAUGAUAUAACCUCAGUUUAACGUCAGCCUUUUCAUCGAGUUGAACUUUACGUGAACUCUCGACUCCAGCAUAUCACCUAUAGCUUGUCGUCUGUUGGCUGCGUGGCCUAAAUUAGAGGCUGAAACACCCGUUUUUUUCCUUUUGGAUAAGCACAGUCUACACGCUAGCUAACUUAGUUACGUUAACGUUAGCUGCACAGCCACCAUGGCUGAAUUUGGGUUUAAUGAACACCAUCAGAAUGAAGUCAUCAAUUACAUGCGAUUUGCGCGUUCAAAGAGGGUCCUGAGGCUCAAGACUAUUGACUCAUGCUUUGAGGAACUCAAAGAUAGCAGGUUAGUGGAGGAAACCUUCACAGUGGAUGAGGUGAGGGAGAUGCUGGACGGGCUGCAGGCAGUGGUGCGUGGGGAGGUGGAGAUGGAGCUCAUCAACACAGCCCACACCAAUGUGCUGCUACUCAGGCAGCUCUUCUCCCAGGCUGAGAAGUUUUACCUUCGACUGCAGAGUGAUAUCUCAGAGCUAGAGAACAGGGAGCUGUUAGAACAAGUGGCUGAAUUUGAGAAGACUGACUUUAAAACCACUGAUAAGACAAACCAGGAACCAAGCAAACCCAAGUUAGCACCACUGAAUGAAGGUGGGGUGUCUGAACUUCUCAACAAGGAGAUUGGGAGACUACAGGAGGAAAACAAUAAACUGAAGACCAGGCUGCGGACUUUAGAAUCCCAGGCCAUGAGUGCAUUAGAUGAGAAAACCAAGGCAGAGAGAGCUCUGAAAGACCUUCAGAAGGUGCAAGGUGAACAGCAGCUUGCUGCUCAAUCCCAGGAGAUCAACAGUUUAGAGGACACAGUGGCAGCUCUGAAAGAGGACUAUGAAAAGUCUCUCAACGCCAAUGCUGCCUCCCAGAAGGAUCUGCAGGAGAACCUGAUCUCUGCCAAACAUGAGUUGCUUCGAGUGCAGGAACAGCUGGCCUUGGCAGAGAAGGAGUUGGAGAAGAAGUUCCAGCAAACUGCGGCCUACCGCAACAUGAAGGAGAUCCUGACCAAGAAAAAUGAGCAGAUCAAAGAAAUUAGAAAACGAUUGCAGAGAUAUGAACCCAGUGAAUGAGUUCUAUCCAAGACAGCUGGUUAAACAGAUGUCCAGAGGGUAAGACAAGACCAACAUUAAUGACUGUGGUUUGGACAAGAAACCAUCAGUUCCACUGCUGUAAGACAAGAGAGACAGAAAAAAGCACUUCCAUGAGGAAUUGUUUAUUCAUGCUUUAUCUGGCAUCUUCAGUAGUUAUUGGCUUCACUACAGAGCGGGAGCGGGAAGUUGACAGUACACACAACUGAAUAUGAAAAUGAAAUAGUAACAAAUGAUAGCCUUCUCCAGCUGUGCUUUUUUUCUACGUCUCAAUUUGGAGCUCACUUACAGUAGCUAGCAGACUUCCCUCAGUGCUCUAUGCAAUUACUAUCACGUCCCUGUUUGAAGAGGCCUUGUCCAUUUUUUGAACUGGACAGAUACACACUGUCUAAAGCUUUGCAGUCUUAUCUAUCAGAUGGAUAUUGGUAAUAUUUAGCUUACCAGGACUGAGUUGUUAGUUAUUGAUAUUUCGCUGAUCAGUCUUAAUUUUAGUAGCCCAUUUUGUAGUCAAAGUCCAAUCCAUAAUUGAGAGUUUCAAGCAAACGCCAAACUGGUUUAUUUAUUAUUAGUGAACAGCUUCAAAGUGAUGCUUCCUGACCCUUUGAGGGCAUUCUCACUUUAAUUUAUUUUCACUUAACAUUUAAUAGCAUUUCACAAAAAUAUUUCCAAUGAUCUAACAUUCUGUGAAAGUCUGAUCAUCGAAAAUAUACAAAAUUUCUUGCAUUUAUUUUUUCUGCUCUCGCGUAUUGAAUGACAUGGGUAGUGACCUAGAUUGAUUUUCCUACUUCCCUAAACAAAGGGCAUAGAAUAUUUUUGUCUGAAAACUUUAACCGUGUACUUUUCGUAUUGCUGUGGGUGAUGGAGUGUAAGAGAAAAAAAAAAGAAUGUAUACAUGAUGUUCAUGAAGUAAUGCUCUUGUAGAGUAUGACACAUCUGCCCUAUAUUACACUAGAUGUGCAUUUGUUUGUAUUGUGCAGAGUAUGAGGUAAUAAAAGCCGUUACCAAAUAUGUAUGGUCAUUGUGGAUGAUUGUUACCAUGUUGUUUUAACAUUUUUA